AUGUUGUUGUUGCUGUGUGUUGUUCAUUUAUCUGUGAUAGUUUUGGAGGUUCUCAACGCAAUUGAAUGUGUAGGGACCUUGUUAGUGGGCGGUUUUGAGUCCCACGUUUUAUUCGACUCUGGAGCAUCGAAUUGCUUCAUUACACCGGAGCGUGCCGAGAAGAGUGGCAUCCGGAGUAGCGCGGGCGAGAGCGCGGGCAUGGUCAAGGUGGCGGGAGGUGGAUUCUUGUCUACUUUGGGCCGUGCUAGAGGAGUCGAGAUCGAGAUUGCGGGGCAGUCAAUGCCAGCAGACUUAGUCAUCAGUCCGGUGGAGCUGUAUGACGUUAUUCUCGGGAUGGACUGGUUGUCACACUACAGAGUUCAUCUGGAUUGCUACAGAGGUAGAGUGGUCUUCGAGCGAGAUGCAGGGAGGUUGGUUUAUCAGGGAGUGAGACCGACUUCCGGGAGUAUUGUGAUAUCUGCUAUUCAGGCCGAGCAGUUGUUAGAGCGGGGCUGUGAGGCGUAUCUGGCGACGAUUUCUAUGUCUGAGUCAGGAGCUGGAGUUGUUAUGGGAGAUAUUGAGGUUGUCCAGGAUUUUGAGGAUGUCUUUCAGUCACUGAAGGGAUUACCACCAUCUCGGUCUGAUCCUUUCACGAUUGAGUUAGAGCCGGGGACAGCACCGAUAUCGAAGACGCCUUACAGGAUGGCGCCAGCUGAGUUGGCAGAGCUGAAGAAGCAGAUAGAGGACCUUUUGUCUAAGGGGUUCAUUCGACCAGUGUUUCACCGUGGGGAGCACCGGUACCCACUCCCGAGGAUUGAUGAGUUGUUGGAUCAGUUGAGGGGUGCUACUUGGUUCUCCAAGAUUGACUUGGCAUCGGGGUAUCAUCAGAUCCCGAUAGAUGAGGCAGAUGUCAGGAAGACUGCUUUCAGGACGCGUUAUGGGCAUUUUGAGUUUGUGGUUAUGCCUUUCGGUUUGACUAACGCGCCGGCAGCCUUCAUGAGAUUGAUGAACGACGUGUUCAGGGAGUAUUUGGACGUGUUUGUCAUCAUUUUCAUUGAUGAUAUUCUGGUAUACUCGAGGAGUCAGGAGGAGCAUGCGACUCACUUGAGGUUGGUUCUGGAGAAGCUUCGGGAGCAGAAGCUUUUUGCUAAGUUGAGCAAGUGCAGUUUCUGGCAGCGAGAGAUGGGAUUUCUUGGCCACAUUGUUUCUGCAGAGGGAGUUUCUGUGGAUCCGGCUAAGAUUGAGGCUAUCAGAGAUUGGCCUAGACCUAGUAGUGCCACCGAGAUCAGGAGUUUUCUGGCUGAGUGUGAGGAGAGCUUUAGUCAGCUCAAGGAGAUGUUGACUACUACACCAGUGUUGGCGUUACCCGAGCCAGGGAAGCCUUACAUGGUGUAUACAGAUGCUUCAGGCAUUGGUCUUGGUUGUGUGCUGAUGCAGGAGGGCAGAGUGAUAGCAUAUGCUUCGAGACAGUGGCAGGGCAGUGAGCGUAACCGUCCUACACAUGACUUAGAGUUGGGAGCAGUGAUCUUCGCGUUGAAGAUUUGGAGGUCUUACUUGCUAGGUGAGACAGUACAGGUCUUCACGGAUCACAAGAGUUUGCAGCAUAUCUUCACUCAGCCGAUGAUGAACGCGAGACAGACGCGCUGGGUUGAGUUCUUGGCGGAUUAUCAGGUGAGCAUUAACUACCAUCCGGGCAAGGCUAACCUAGUGGCGGACGCGUUGAGUAGACGGAGGUAUGAUUCCGCAGUUGAGCGAGAUGUGGAGUCUCUAGUUGGCGAGAUCAGUACCUUGCGUUUGUGUGCCAUUUCGCAGGAGCCUUUGGGUUUAGAGGCAGUGGAUCAGGCGGAUCUACUUAGCAGGAUCAGAGUUGCUCAGCAGAGUGAUCAGAGUUUGCUAGAUGCGACGAGAGUGACUGGUUCUGAGUAUGAGGUCUCUGCGAAUGGGACUAUCUUGGUUCGUGGGCGAGUUUGUGUGCCUAAGGAUGUGGAGUUGAGACAUCAGAUUUUGGGAGAGGCUCACGCGAGCAAGUUUUCCAUUCAUCCGGGAGCGACCAAGAUGUACCAUGACCUCAAGAGAGCAUCAGGUUCCGGGUGGUCUUUUGCAGAGUUUACCCAUUCCGAGUGGAAGUGGGACAGGAUUACGAUGGAUUUCGUGGUUGGACUACCUGUUUCGAGGACUUUCGAUGCUAUCUGGGUGAUUGUGGAUCGGUUGACUAAGUCUGCACAUUUCUUGGCCAUCAAGAAGACAGAUGGAGCUGCUGUCUUGGCUAGGAAGUUUGUGCGAGAGAUUGUGAGGCUGCAUGGAGUGCCAGCUAGUAUUGUGUCAGACCGUGAUCCCAGAUUCACUUCAGAGUUUUGGAGGGCGUUUCAGGCAGAGAUGGGCACUAAGGUGCAUCUGAGUACAGCUUAUCAUCCGCAGACAGAUGGUCAGUCAGAGAGGACUAUUCAGACUUUGGAGGAUUUGCUGAGGAUGUGUGUGUUGGAUUGGGGUGGCCAUUGGGCAGAUCACCUGAGCUUAGUUGAGUUUGCAUACAACAACAGCUUUCAGGCGAGUAUUGGCAUGGCUCCAUUUGAGGCUUUGUAUGGGAGGCCAUGUAGGACACCCCUAUGCUGGACCCAAGUGGGGGAGCGCAGCAUGUAUGGAGCUACUUAUGUUCAGGAGACGACAGAGAAGGUUCGUGUUGUGAGGCUGAACAUGAAGGAGGCUCAGGAUAGGCAGAAGAGUUAUGCAGAUAGACGCAGACGAGAGCUUGAGUUUCAGGUUGGAGAUAGAGUUUAUCUCAAGAUGGCUAUGUUGAGGGGUCCUAACAGAUCCAUAGCAGAGAACAAGCUGAGUCCGCGAUUUAUGGGUUUUUCAUGUGUCGAUGCUGAGGAAGUGUCUUCACCUACAGAGGAGUUAGUGGCUAGGAUUCCAGAGGAUCUUCAGCCAGAUUUGACAGUGCCGGCAGUGCCUGUGAGGAUUUUAGAGAGGAGGGAAAAGGUUCUGAGGAACAAGAGGAUUCCCUUACUGAGGAUUUUGUGGGAUUGCAGUGGUUCUACAGAGGAGACUUGGGAGCCAGAGGCAAAGAUGAAGUUGAAGUUCAGGAAGUGGUUCGACAAGCAGGUCGAGGAGUGA